AUGGAAAUUUAUAUAAAAUCCUAUGAUGUCAAAGUAUGGCGCGUUAUCAAAAAGGAAAACUAUCCACUACCAACAGCAGAUCAACCACCCGCUGAUCCUGAAGAUAUAGAUGAAUACACAGACGAGAAAAUGGUGGUUGUUCAAGUUAAUAAUAAAGCACAAAACUUUCUCUAUAAUGCUAUAAAUGAAGAAGAGUAUGAGAAAAGUUUAAGCUGUGAUACAGCCAAAGAAAUGUGGGACAAACUGGAAGUCCCUUAUGAAGGAGCCAACAAAGUGAAAGAAACUCGAAUAAAUAUGUUGGUUCAUGAUUAUGAACUCUUCCAGAUGAAAAAAGGAGAAUCCAUUGAGGAAAUAUUUUCAACAUUCAGCAAAAUUAUUGGCGAUCUAAAAGCCUUUGGAGAUCUUAUAGCAUUUGAGAAAACCCAUCUCAAGAAAACAAAUGAGGAAGAAAAGAAGAAAGUAGUUGCCUUCAAAACUACAACCGAAGGACCUGAAAAUGAUACUGAUAGCGACCCAGAAGCUCUUGAAGAAGAAAUUACCAUGGUAUCAAGAAACAUGGAUGGAUUGAUGAGAAGGUAUGUGCAUGUUCAAGCUGAAUGCCCAGAUCUUAAAAGAAAAGUAUCCAAGGGAUUCAAUAAAAACAAAUCCUUCAGAAGAUGGAGUAAUGAAGACAAUUCAGAACACGAAGAAAUAGCAAAUAUGUAUUUCAUGACCAUCUUGGAAAACAACAUGAACAAAUACUCUAGUUGUUGGACUGAUGAAGAUGCAUCAGACGAUGAAUGCAAGGAAGAUACUGAGAAUUGCUUCAUGACACUAGGUGAAAGAAGCGAGGUAAGAUCCUAUAACUAUGAUAGAUGUAAUGAAAUGCAGGAUAGUCUUGACCUUACCUUGAAGGAGUCUCAAAGAAUGUUGAAUGAACUAAGGAGACUCAAUAUGGAAAAGAAGGACUGGGAACUUAAGCUUGAAGUCUGUGAAAUCUAA